GCAGUAUCACAGACGAAGUAAAUACUAGGAAAUGCGUCCAUCCACCCUACAGCCUACUACACUGUUUAUAUACCACUUAUAUAAUGGACGAUCACAUUCUUCUCCUUAAAUUCGCAUGCUUUUAGCUCGAGUCCGUUGCACAUUCAUUUCCUUGGCCCGUUUUGCGAGCUAUGGCAGCAGUAAAGCCAUUCAGCAUACCCGGCUUUAACAAGGCUCUCAAGGUCCAGGACUUGGAGGAAAGCUGUAAUAUUUACAACAUGCUCCCGACCGAUUCACAACAACCGGAAAUUCUCGAGUCACACAUACACAAUCUUGCUGCACUCUUCGUUCAGAACCGCGCUGAAAAAAUCCUCGGCAUCCAUUUAGCUCAUGGCCACUUCGCUGCCCCCAAGCACACCGCCAUGCUAGGUGUCAACUACGAAGAGCCUUACUGCCGCUGGGCCCGACCGACGGCGAUUCAAACUAUAGAUCUUAGCAACGUACAUGGGCAUAUAUUUGUUCUCACCGAUCAUGGCUUCCACCCAUACGAAUAUCAAUCAGGCCCUGCACCCGAUUUAUCUGAACUUGACAGCGCGUUUCUCCCGAAUCUUGCCGAUUAUCUGAACAAGAAUGACUUGUCGAUGCUUGUUGGACUUCAGGUCGUCGACCAAAAUCCCGCAAACAUGUUGGAGCUCAUUCUCCCUCAAGGAACUGUCAUGCUGGAUAGCUCGGUUCUAAAUGGUUGUGUCCCCACUAGGCAGACUGGCUGGAAGUUCGAAAGUGAGGAUAGCAAGCCACGCGUAUGUCAAGCAAAUGAGACACAUGGCCAGCACGCUAACGGUCAUGACAUUUAUAACAAAGGUGACCCUCAUCCAAAGCUAGAAACUUUUGAAGAUGUCAGGAUUGCACUUGUGGAAGCUGGACUUCUCGAUCAGAUAGCUUAGCGUACUUAUUGCAUUGACAAUUGAGAGGAAGUGGACUAGUUGGGUCAAUAGUUGAAUGAGAUUGUAUUGAUUAUAUGGAUGAUUUACGCA